AUGUCGACACUAGCUCGGAACAGCCGCCCAGCACAACAGCCCACUACGCCUCCGGGCCGUCGGAGAUUUGUUAGAAAUGGAAGUACUGGUAGUAAUGGGAGCAAUAUAAAGCAAAGGCAUGAUACAGAUACAAGAGUCACCGUCAACACACCGGCGUCACCACCACCACUACCAACGGCAAUGGGCGAGGCUUGGCAUUGGAUACAAAAGUCGAUCGUAGGUCCUGGUACAGACUUGGGCAGAUUGGAGUUAGCCCAUCAGUUACAUGUACUCAAGAGAGUAUAUGAUAGACAGCCCCGUCACUUUGGGCAUUUUGUCCUGAAGCUCAUCAGCACCGUUGAGUGGAUACCCAGAUACCUCUUCGAUGCGUGUUGUGAAUUGCUCAAAGUUUCCACCACGUUUGUUAUUCAGUUGCUCGACUUGCUCCUAUCGUCGCUUUUCUGCGGUCUGUUUGGGUUCCCCUGGGCUUCGACCCUAUUCUACGGGCUUCUUGUCACGUUCCCUAGAGUUCCAUACACUUUUUGGCAAACAGGGAACUUCAAAGGCGCUGCAGUUUGUACCUUGCUUUACACUACAUGGGCAGCUUGGAUGAUUCAUGUAUAUAUAAACAAGCCAGAAAGGUGGUUAGGCUACGCUCGCAGCUGGCUCAUAACCCCUGGAGAGAUUUUGGUCGGGCCCUACUUAUGGCUGUUUCUUGCAGCUGGGACUAUGUUGUGGUUUGAGUAUCAACCAAUCACUGACCCUCUGUUUCUGUCGCCUCACUUGGUGACGGCCGUCCAGUGGUGAUAUUCGAAAAUGGCAUAAAGGAUCCACGAGAGUCUAUAAUUAG